ACUCAGUUGAGUGAGUGAGUGUUUGUCAGGUGACUUGGGUCACGCCGUUUUCUCUCCUUAGGGAGGGCCUUGGCUGGCUCUCCUUUCACAACGGCGGCGAGGAAGAGGAGGAGGAGGAGGAGGAAGGAGGAGACGGGGAAAGGGAACACAUUUGCGGGGAGAAGGGUCUCCCAAGGCGGAAUUGGGGAGAGGGGUCAGGAUGAGCCAGGUGCCGGGGAAACCGAAGGAGCAGGAAGAAGGAGAGGAGGAGGAGGAAGAUGAAGGAGAAGAGGAGGAAGAAGAGGAGGAGGAGAACGAAGACGACGACGAGAUCGUGGGGCUGGCGGACUAUGGGGACGGGGCGGAGUCCUUCUCGGACGGAGACCCCGAAAACGGAGGCAGUGGGGCAUUCCUAGAUUUCAAUGACCCUUUUAGUACUGAAGUCAAACCCAGAAUCCUGCUCAUGGGACUGAGAAGAAGUGGAAAAUCAUCCAUUCAGAAAGUCGUCUUUCAUAAAAUGUCACCAAAUGAAACCCUUUUCUUGGAAAGCACCAAUAAGAUCUGCAGAGAAGAUGUUUCCAACAGCUCCUUUGUCAACUUUCAGAUAUGGGACUUUCCUGGACAAAUUGAUUUCUUUGAUCCCACCUUUGACUAUGAGAUGAUUUUCCGAGGGACUGGAGCACUGAUAUUUGUUAUUGAUUCUCAGGAUGACUAUAUGGAAGCAUUGGCUAGACUCCACCUCACUGUGACAAGAGCAUAUAAAGUGAAUCCAGACAUAAACUUUGAAAUAUUUAUUCACAAAGUAGAUGGUUUGUCUGAUGAUCACAAGAUUGAAACACAAAGAGACAUUCAUCAGAGGACAAAUGAUGACCUUGCAGAUGCUGGGCUGGAAAAAAUCCACUUAAGCUUUUAUUUAACAAGUAUAUACGACCAUUCUAUAUUUGAAGCAUUUAGUAAAGUGGUGCAGAAAUUGAUCCCCCAGCUGCCAACCUUGGAAAACUUGCUUAACAUCUUUAUUUCGAAUUCUGGAAUUGAGAAAGCCUUUCUCUUUGACGUAGUUAGUAAAAUUUAUAUUGCCACUGACAGUUCGCCAGUGGAUAUGCAGACGUAUGAACUAAGCUGUGAUAUGAUAGAUGUUGUCAUUGACAUUUCCUGCAUCUAUGGGCUGAAAGAAGAUGGCGCUGGAACCCCUUAUGAUAAAGAAUCAACAGCAAUAAUAAAAUUGAACAACACAACUGUCCUUUAUUUAAAAGAAGUGACAAAGUUCCUUGCCCUUGUUUGUUUUGUCAGAGAAGAAAGCUUUGAGAGAAAAGGAUUAAUCGACUACAACUUCCACUGCUUCCGUAAGGCCAUACACGAAGUGUUUGAAGUGAGAAUGAAAGUUGUGAAAGCACGGAAGAAUCAGAACCAAAUGCAGAAGUCCAAGAGGACCACCCCAAACGGCACACCUCGAAUGCCAGUGUAGUAAAUGUUUUACAUCACUGUUAGCAGAUAAGGCCUCUUUAUGACAUUUAAGGGUGUCGUCAGAUUCCAUAGCUGGAAAAUGAAUGGAACUGCUGUAUAGUCAAUAUGGAUUUUUUUUCCACACUAGCCUCCCUCCGAAACACUGUAUAUUUUCAGUUGUUCAUAUUACGGUAUCUAUUACAGAACUGUUUUGCACUUUUGUCUCGUUUCAUGAUCAGAAAUGAACUUUUGAUAAACCAGGUUGUAUUUUAUUUAAAAAGACACUUUUUAAUGUGUGAUCUUGGAUAGAACAUGUACCAUAAUUUCCCUACAUGCUGCAGAUAAAUGAGUAAACAAUCAAGAAAACAUGAUAAGGUAAUUUUUUUACACAUUUGGGACUUUAAUAUUCAUGAUGGAUAUAUAUAUAUAUAUAUAAUAUUCCAACUAGCAAAAUCAUGUUUUAUUUUGAAGUACAAUAGCAAUACAAUAUUUCUUGGGGAGUCCUUGUGGGAUACAUCACAUUUUGUAAAAAUAGGCUUUGUGGCUAAGUAACUCCCAAAUGUCUCCAUAAAUCCAAGUAAGACCUCUUUGUUCUUUAUAUGAUUACCUCUACCUGAAAGUAACUUUCUAUAAAGAGACUUAUUUUGUUAUGGUUGCA